GCACUCUCACCCUGUCGGCCUUUAUUUAUUAUUAGCCUCACAAGUUCCAAAGAUUUCUCAUUGGCUCCAUUUCUUCAUCCUCUCCCCUGCGCGCGCGCUUUCUCUCUUCUCCAGAUCCAGCUCCCCGGAAUUCUCCUCUGGUGUGAUUAGUGAGAGAUCGGAAUGGGUCUCAGUUUCACCAAGCUUUUCAGCCGGCUUUUUGCCAAGAAGGAGAUGCGCAUUCUGAUGGUCGGUCUCGAUGCAGCUGGUAAGACCACCAUCUUGUACAAGCUGAAGCUCGGAGAGAUUGUCACUACCAUCCCUACCAUUGGUUUCAAUGUGGAAACUGUAGAGUACAAGAACAUCAGCUUCACAGUUUGGGAUGUUGGGGGCCAGGACAAGAUUCGCCCAUUAUGGAGGCAUUAUUUCCAGAAUACACAAGGCCUCAUCUUUGUUGUUGAUAGCAAUGAUAGGGACCGUGUUGUGGAAGCAAGGGAUGAGUUGCAUAGGAUGCUGAAUGAGGAUGAGCUUCGAGAUGCAGUCCUGCUGGUGUUUGCCAACAAACAAGAUCUUCCCAAUGCCAUGAAUGCUGCCGAGAUCACAGACAAGCUUGGCCUCCACUCUUUGAGGCAACGCCACUGGUACAUCCAGAGCACCUGUGCAACUUCCGGCGAGGGGCUCUAUGAAGGUCUUGAUUGGCUUUCCAACAACAUUGCUAACAAGGCCUAGAGCAACUGAAGCGAGGUUCCCGUGAUUGACCGACCGUGGACGCAGCAGUUUGUUUAUCUAGCCCCCCUCCCCAAAGAAGAGAAGAUUAUUUGUCUUAUGAAUUUGUGUUGGAUUUAUUAUAUACUCUCCCUAUGUUAUUUCAAAGCCUUUCUCUAGGCUUGAGCACAUUGUAUUAUUAUUGAACAGGUAAAAGGUCGAGGACCUCUAUGCUUAAAUUGGCUUUUAUAAUUACUCCGCUUUCGUUUUUGUAUUCUCAUUAUUUAUUAUUCUUCAAGCAGUCGAUGAUCCAUAUUGGAAGCACCUUAGCAUUUUCACGAUUAAAGAAUGAAAAUGUUC